CUUUUUAUUAGUUCACUUGUUUACACAAAAUAUGCUGAGCUAGAAGUGGGAUAAAUUCGAAGAUAUUGUUACUACAAUGUUUCAAUCACGGUUGUCAUUGGUAUUUCUCGUUGUUAUUAUAGGACAUCUCUCGGUAAGAGUGGAAUCGCAGCAAGCGUGCAUAUGCCCAGAUUGCAUUGAGUUGCCAGGAGGAUUCAACUGUGAAGCUAUACCCAACACUGAUAAUUGCAACUGCGCAACGUGUGGAUGUAUUCAAGGUACAUUGAUAGAUUGGUGUUCUUCAAGAAAUGAUAUAAACACAAGACUAGUUGCCUUCCUUUUUUAUCACAAUACUGACUUUGCUGGGACAUCCUUCCAAGUACAAGAGUUUGAGGGUGUCAUGGGUAUGCUUUUGAAUUACUAUCCGAGUGAGUUGGGCGACACUCUCUGUACACAAGCUGAUAUACUGGCACUCUCUUGUGAACAAAGACAAAUGCGUUUCAGUCAGACUUUUGAAGUUAUAUCAUUUUUGGAGGAUGAAGACGUCCCAGGGUUAAAGAACUUUAUAGUUACUCUUGAAUCACUUCAAACUAAAACUUCCGCAGAUUUCGCUCUACUUGACAGGAUGCGUGAUAGUCUUGGUGUACUGGAACUAACUCGUCGAUUCUUGUAUUUCUAUAACCCAAAAUUCUCUGAAGGCAAAGAAUGUUUGGCAAAUGGACAAUGUCCGACAAGUGCACCUCAUUGUGUCGAUUGUUCUUGUCAUCAAUGUCGAGAUGGCAAUGACUGCCGGGAACCAGGAAAGUUAACUUGUAGGAGUAACAGAGCCGGGAUGAUGGUUUGUGGAGAUCCCCACAUUAAACAAACGAUUAAGGGUACAAACCAAAAACUAUGCUACGACAUUUUGGGCGCUGCUGGUAGAUCCUACCUUCUAUUGGAUGAUAAUGGCAUAAAAAUAGUUUCAAAAUUCAUAACUGGCGAGAAUUCGAGCAAUUCUGAAGGCUGGGCCGAGUAUGUCAGCGACCUUUCAAUUACAGUUGAUGGCGUACAUAUAAAAUUUAACACGAAGUUUAUCAGCGUAACAGAACCAGGAAAACCGACUUUAAUGCAUAAUUGGUUGAUAAGCACAAUUUAUACGAGCGCAGGGUGGAUGGCAGCAUCUAAGAAGCAAGUUAAUGUUUAUAUUAGAGAUGGCGAAACCACUGUUAAUGUCAUCCGUAAAGGAUUGAGUCGUGAGGUACCAUUCCUUAACUUUGGUAGUAGUGAGCUUCACGAGCUUUCAGCCAAUGCAGGGGGAAUAUUAGGUUCCAUUGCUAAUAAUGCGAAGUUGGUAAAAGAUGGAGCGAAGGAUUUGGUACAUUGGAAUCGUGCGAUGAUUCCAGUUAAGAAUGACUCUAAGGUGUGUCUGCAUGUUGACCCCUUUUAUCAGGCAAAGCUCAACUCCCUCUUAGAGAGAUUCAUAGUCAAAGAGGAAAAAUUGGAGCGCCAAAAACGACAAUGAUUGCGAGUGCAAUGAUCUACUAUAUCUAGUAUUUGGUAUAUCACCGUAUGUCCUGGCUAUAAUGUUGCGCAAAGAGAUACAGAAUGUCAAAUAUACUACACGUAUCUAUGUUACCAUUAUCUUUGAUACAAAAAAACAAUCAUAAAAUUAUAAAAACCGAGAUAUGCUAUCCUUAACGGGACGUUCUAAAUUGAAAUCUUGACCUCAAUAAAAGACUUAUCUUAGUGUACUAUCAGAAAUAUCAAAUAAACCAUUGACU